CGUCUCAGGCCUGCGGCGAGCCGAAGCGCCUCUUGAGUAUCGAGGGCGCUGAUUGGCCGAACGCGGGGAAGGCAGGCAGGAGGGCGCGGACGCGGUGGGCCCGGGUCUGCGUGGGAGCCGGGAGGAGGCGGCGCCAUGGCGGAGGACCUGGCCCAGUCGCUCUUCCUGCAGCACCAGUACAUGUGUUCCGAGUGCGGGCAGCUCUACGACACGCUGGAAGGAGUGCUGAUCCACCACCAGAGCCACCUGGAGCAGCCCUGGCAGGCGCAGCCCCCGCCCCCUCCCGCAGAAGAAGGAGCAGCAGCAGCAGCAGCGGAAGAAGAAGAAGCCGCGGCCCCGCCAGGGCUCUCGCAGGACAACAGCCGCUUCCAGUGCCUGGAGUGCGGCUGCACCCUCUGCUCCCCGGAUGAGCUCCUGGCCCACCAGGAAGUGCACCCCAGGGAGGUCCCCUCCCGGCCCCCUCCCACCCCGGGGCAGAUCCGCUACCAGUGCAACGAGUGCCAGGAGCUCUUCCCCUCCACCGCCCUCUGGCUGGCGCACCGCCGGACGCACCGCGAGACAGAGGCCGCGGCCUCCCCGCCCCGCCCCUCGCCCCCCUCUCCCCAUCCGCCCCCCCUCCCGCCCGCCCCGCCGGUGCACCCCUACGAAUGCUCCGAGUGCGCCGGCCUCUUCCUGACCCCCGAGGAGCUGCUGGAGCACCAGGGAGAGCACUUCACAGAGAUUGAGAAGGAGAGCGGGGAGCCCCCUGCGACGCAAGAGGCGGCCAGCCCCCGCAUGUCUCCAUCGCGGUGCCCUGAGGAAGAGCCCCCCCUGCCUGCGUCGCCCUCCGCCAAGGCGCUCUGCUGUGGAGAAUGCAAGCAAGGCUUUGCCACGGCGGAGGCCCUGGAGCGGCACCGGCAGGAGCAGCAUGUGCGGACCCAGCCAGAAGAAUUCCUCUGCGGUGAGUGCCAGCGCGGCUUCACGACGGCCAAGCGGCUGCUGGCGCACCAGCGGGCGCACAUGGACGGCACCUACGAGUGCCCGAACUGCAACAAGAUCUUCAAGAAGGCGGCCUCCCUGGAGCAGCACAUGCGGAUGCACAAGGGGGAGGCGCUCUACCUCUGCGUGGACUGCGGCCUGGGCUUCUCCACCGAGAUGACGCUGGUGACGCACCGCAAGAACCACACCGCCAACCCCCUCCACCGCUGCCACUGCGGCAAGGCCUUCAGCAACAUGACCAAGUUCCUGUACCACCGGCGCACGCACGCGGGCAAGAGCGGGGUGCCCCCCGCCCGAGGGAACGUGAAGCCGGGGCCUGGCAGGCAGCCCCUGGAGCCAGUCCUGAGCGAUGCAGGACCGGUGGUCAACGGCGGUGGAGAGGCCUCUGCCAGCCUUCAGCCCCCCUCCUCCUCCACUGCCUCUCCGAAGAAGGGCCCGGAAGCAGAGGCCAGUGGGGUGGGCUUCCUGUGUCCACAGUGCGGCAAGGGCUUCUCCACCUACCUCCGGAUGGUACGGCACAAGCGGGUGGUGCAUGUCCUGGAGCGCAAGCACAAGUGCCCCAUGUGCAGCAAGAAGUUCAAGAAGCUGGUGCACGUGAGGAACCACCUGCGCACCCACACCGGGGAGCGGCCCUUCCAGUGCUCCGAGUGCGGCAAGACCUUUGUCUCGCAGGCCAACCUGGCGCGGCACCACAUCACCCACACCGGGGAGCGCCCCUACCAGUGCCAGGUGUGCGGCAAGCGCUUCACCCAGUCCUCCAACCUCCGCCAGCACCGCCUCCUGCACCUGGUGCCCGGUCGCCAGGGGCCCCACUCCUGCCAGGACUGUGGGGCCACCUUCGCCCGCCCCUACCAGCUGGCCCUGCACCAGGCAGCCCACAUGGGCAGCCUGCCCUUCCCCUGCCCCGAGUGUGAGAAGUCCUUUCCCCGGCGCUGCCUCUUGGAGCUGCACCGACUCAGCCACACUGGGCGUGAGCCCCACCGCUGUCCGGACUGCAACGCCCUCUUUGCGGAGGCCGCCAAGCUGCAGGAGCACCGCUGUGCCCGCCGCCGGGAGCUGGGCCCCUCCCGGAGAUACCCCUGCCUCUCCUGCGGCAAGUACCUGGGCUCCCCUGCCAAGCUGGCCGCUCACCAGCUGGCGCACUCGGGCCAGCGCCCAUUCCCAUGCCCGCUCUGCGGCAAGACCUUCACCACCCCGAGCGGGCUGAGCCGGCACCAGCAGCGCCAUGCUGGCCUGCGGCCCCACAAGUGCCCUGUCUGCGGGAAGGGCUUCAUGGCAGCCUCGGGGCUGCAGCUGCACCAACGCAUCCACACGGGCGAGCGCCCCUUCCCCUGCCCCGAGUGUGGGAAGGCCUUCCGGCAGGCCACCCACCUGCAGGAACACCGGAGGCUGCACACGGGCGAACGCCCCUUCCGUUGCUGGGACUGCGGCAAGGCCUUCGUGCAGUCCAUGCACCUGGCCGAACACCGGCGCGUCCACACGGACGAGCGACCACACCCCUGUGCCCUCUGCUCCCAGACCUUCAAGACCCUCUCCCACCUGCGCAGCCACCGCAAAACCCACGCGGAAACGGAGCCCCAUCAGGAAGCGCUGGUGCUGGCCACGCCGGACCCUUCGGCAGGAGCGGCAAAUGGAGGGGCGCCUGUCCAACCUGUCCAGACCAUCAUGUGCACCGAGUUUGGAGAGACCAUCGCCAUCAUCGAGAGCGCUGAGCCGCUGCCCUUGGUGGAGACCAUCGAGAUCUACCAGGCCACGCUGGAAGGGAGCCUCCAGGUUCACGCCUUCGUCUAGGAGCAGAACCAAGAGGCUCCGGGCAGAGUGCGCCUAGAGGCUGGUGUUGGAGAGCCUUCGGCCCACGCGCCUCUUCUUCUACGCCAGGCCUUAGCGCCGUGGGUGUUCAUUCAAGUGUGUGCGCUAUGGACUCACCUGGGCCACAACCACACACCUAUUUCUGGUAUUUAUUUUUGUUUUUCUAAGAAAGGUUCUAAUACAUCUUUUUCCAGUUUUGUUUCUGCCAGAGAGAGUUGUGGGAGGCAGAGUGGAGGCUUAGGUCCGGCCUGUUUCCCAUUAAAUUAUUCCUCUUUGCUUAGAA